CUAAAUUCCUUUUUCCCCAGUUCCUGCCGUCUCUCGAAUCAAAGCUAGCCCUUCCCUUUCCCGCGCCUGAAGAGCACCCACCAUGGGAGAGCGUAAGGUUAUCAACAAGUACUACCCGCCGGACUUCAACCCGUCGAAGCUUCCCCGAGUCCGGCGACCCAAGAACCAGCAGAUCAAGGUCCGUAUGAUGCUUCCGAUGAGCAUCCGAUGCAAAACCUGCGGCAACUACAUCUACAAAGGCACCAAGUUCAACUCGCGGAAAGAAGACGUCGUCGGCGAGACGUAUUUGGGAAUUCAAAUAUUUAGGUUUUACUUCAAGUGCACCAAGUGCUCAGCGGAGCUUGCGAUGAAGACGGACCCGCAGAACUCAGACUAUGUGAUGGAGGCCGGGGCGACUCGAAAUUUCGAGCCUUGGCGAAAUGCGGAUGAGGAAGCCGAUAAGGAGAAGCAGAAUAGGGAGUCCGAAGAGAUGGGAGAUGCUAUGAAGUCUUUGGAGAACAGAACCUUGGAUUCCAAGAGAGAGAUGGAUAUUCGUGCUGCUUUGGAUGAGAUGAAGUCCAUGAAGUCCAGGCAUGCAACUGUGAGUGUGGAUGAGAUGUUGACGGCUUUGCAACGUACGGUUGCGCACAAGGAGGAGGAAAGGAUGGAAGAGGAGGAUGAAGCAAUCAUAAAAUCAAUCGUGUUCCGUAACUCAAAAGAUUAUGUGCGAAGGAUUCAUGAUGAUGAUUUAGAUGAUGAUGAAGAUUUACUAAAAGCGGCAAAGAGACAAAAGCUUAAUCGAGAUAAUAGCAAACCAACAGAUGCAUUGACGAAAAUCAGUAUUUUUGAUAGCUGGAGCAGCAGAGGAAAACAGAAUGGUUCACAAGAUUCUAAUAUCAUUUUCAAGUCUCCAAUGGUUAGGCUGUCUGUAGUUAAGAAACCAGUGGUGGCUAAAGUUAACAAUUUGGUGAAGGCAGAAGACGAGAAACAAGCUGGUGAGGAGUUUAAAAGUUCGACUAAACCAGAUGAGAGAGAACACGACGACGAGAAUAAUAUCAACAGUGGAAGCAACGUAUUACAAUCAUUAUGCCAAAACUACGACAGUGAUGAUAGUGAUGAGUAG